GACGACUUUAAAAGGUGAUGCGAGCCAAACUAGCGACAGGUUCAGGCAAGAUGAAGUGGAUGCUGCAGAGAAGACAAGCGCCUGUAACUGCAGUGCACAUCGGAAUCACGAGCCAGAAGCAAUACCAUGGACGCGAGGCCGGCCACGAGCUCCCGGUUUGGCGGAACCAAUGGUCCGCCGCCCACCUGUUUCCCGAGGUGCUCGCGAAACCAUUGGCCGCUGACGAGGUGGCACCGACGCACACCACGUCAACACAUGUGUGUAUAUAUAUAGCUCGUUCUGCACAAUCCUCCACGAACACUGACGACGUUCUUGAGGAGUUGUUCAAGUUUAAGCCACACAGCCGCAAAGGCAACGGAGUGGAUUCAGAACGCAGGAGGACGGGGAGGAUGAGGUUUGCGGUGGCGAACAAAGCGUACAUGGCGGUGACGCUGGGCGCCGCCAUCGAGCUCAAGGAGCAGGUGGCCAAGCCGUGCUCGUCCGCGGCGAAGCGCCGCGCCGCGCCGGUGCUCGCGGCGGAGGCCGGAAGGGUCGACGGCGGCGCCGAGGAGUCGCUGAGGAUGGUCAUGUACCUCAGCUGCUGGGGGCCAAGCUAGGCUCCAGCAGCCAUGGAGGAGUGGCUGGUGGUGCCGCAGCUGCAUGUACAUGUUUCGAUCGACAGCUGUACCGUGAGGUUGCUAGCUACCACUUGCUAGUGGCCGGCAGCAUCUGCUUUCGUUCUCGCUGAGCUCCGAAUCCAGGAACCGUCGUGUUCUUGGCUGGAUGCUCGUCCAAGGCUCAAGCUAGCGGAAUCAAAAAAAAAAAAGGCUCAAGCUAGCAAUGUUACAAUCAAGCUGCCAUUGUACGUCCCUCAAAAGAAAAAGCUGCCAUGUACAUUUGUUAAAAGAUGAACUUAUAAAUCUGGAGCAAUCCAAUGUCUUGCCCCCC